CAUUAAUGAAGGAACCCGAGAACCCUAGUACUCAAUAAUUCAUACUCUAAUUAAAUACACAACAGUGGACAAGACGGCAGAGGCUGCAUCAACGUGGGAGAUAAAUCCUCCAUCACCAGCUCUCGACGGUGGAGAUGCCACGACUCUUCUCUUUUUCUUUAUACUCGUGGCUUCAUCUUUAGCACACAUCUUCCAUUAAUGGCCCCUCUCAUUAUGUGCCCACCUUCUCCCUCUAAAUUUUGUCUGUCUAUAAAUUUAUUAUUUGACCAAUCUAUAGAAUUCCAUGCCACUCUCGUCCCUGUCCUUUACGUCAGAAACCAACUAGAAAUUUCUACUGUCAUUUUUUUCAGAAUGGGACGAGCACCCUGCUGUCAAAAAGUAGGGUUGAAAAGAGGAAGAUGGACAGCUGAAGAAGAUGAUACAUUGAUCAAGUAUAUUCAAGCUAAUGGUGAAGGUUCAUGGCGGUCUCUACCUAAAAAUGCAGGAUUACUGAGGUGCGGGAAAAGUUGCAGGCUGAGAUGGAUAAAUUAUUUGAAAACAGAUUUAAAAAGAGGAAAUAUAACAGCUGAUGAAGAAGAGAUUAUUUUCAAGCUGCAUGCGUCCUUAGGGAACAGAUGGUCGCUGAUAGCAAGUCAUUUACCAGGCAGAACAGACAACGAAAUCAAGAACUACUGGAACUCCCAUAUGAGUCGAAAAGUUCACAUUUUUAGAAAACCUGGACAAGAGAGUCCACCAUUACUGUUGGUCGCAAAAAACGCCAAAUUAGGAAUGGCCGCACCUAAGAAAAAAGUUGACAAAGCACCACCUAAUAAUAAAUGUAAAACAUCCAAAAACCGCGACCAACAUCAUCAUCAUCAUAAAGAAACUGUAAAAUUUGACGGACCCUCAUUAAUACCAUCACCAUCAUCGUCAUCGUCGUCGAAAAAUGAUGACAUUAUCGAGAAAGAGACCUUGUCUAUGGCCAGUAACGAGCAAUUGGACCUUGUAAUUCCGAGUUCAUAUCAAGAAACUACAGCAGAGGAUAAUACAAGUGGGGAUUAUUCGUCAAAUUUGUUUGCAAGUUGGAUCGUUGAUAGCGAAAAAGAAGCUGAAAUUUCAGGACCAUAUAAUGGAGGAAUUGAUGAGGGGAUGCUGUUUUUUGACGACGUUAUUCAAAAUGAGUUGCUGGAAUAUGCUCAAGAUCCUGCUUUAAAUGAAGAAAGAGAAUAUUUUAGUACUACCACCGAUGAUCAUAAUUGCAUGGGGACGGUAGAGAAUGGAAUCCUGAUGAAUCCAAACACAACUUUAACAAGUGAAGAGUUUGAAGUAGCAGAACUUGGCAAUUUGAGUUCAAACUCCGAGUCUUCUGAGUUGGACGAUUGGACAUGGGAAGAUUUGAUGGAGAUGCCUGAAUUUUGCAGUGAUGAUAAUUCUGUAGACGAUAUGGUUUCGUCUUUCUUGGAGAUUGAUAAUGGAGAAAUAAUGGAAGCUAAUCAAGAAAAUGAAGAUAAUAAUUCAUUAAUUACGUGGCUGCUUUCUUCAUAAUUAAAUAAUCAGUGCGGCCAAUUAAUGUUUCUAGAUUCUAGCUAGUAGUAUUUAGUUUCUUUUUUCAUUUGAUUUGGUUGCUGAUAGCGAGUUGCGUUCGUUAAUUUCCUUGUCUGUUUGUAAAUAUUAAUUAAGUUAGUCUACAUUAGGAAAUUUUAGUGUACUAUAUAAUCCGCUGAGUGGGAAAAAAAAGAAGAUAUUAUCGGUGUGCUUGUUUGGAAGAUCUAGCUAAUAAAUGGCCAAACUCAUCUUUAGGUCCUUA